AUGAUCCCUUCUCCCUCUAUUCCGGUUGACGCGGACCGGCAGCUUAAUAACUUGACGAGAGAGACAACCGGGGCUUCGUAUCAUUUCAUCGACGAGCCUUACAGCUUCGACCUAGAAUACAGCCUCGAGGCCAUCCAGGAUUUUAUACCUUCACCCACAAAGAGCAGUGUGCUAUACCGUAAAACAUUCCUUAACGUGAGCCAGUUGACCACACUGCAGGAGCAUUUCUACGUUGACUGUUGCCUGAAUAAGAUGGGUAUUAUAAUUGACAUGGAAAGUGACGACCAGUAUACACCGCAGCUUAAAGAUCCCAAUGGGCAGACUGUUGAUGGUCAAUUCGAGAAGUUGCUGCAUGCGUGGGUUUUUGACGUGAGCAAGCCCGAGGUAGGAAGCCCAGGUUUUUUUCUCGUGUAUCUAACUACUGUUAGCGUCUGGUGUCGUCCAGAUCAUUCCGUGUAUAUACUUGGUACUGUUGAUAGCAGAAAUGCCAUAAAACUGUGA